AUGGUGGCAUAUGCUGUUACAAAGAAACGAAAUAGGCUUCAUAUGAAAGUAAGAGGAGACAGUUAUGCCCGUGAUAAAAAGGAUAACAAUGUUCAGAUGGAAGAUCUUGACGAGCUACCUUCAUUUAGCUUAAAUAAAUUAAUUAAGGCUACAGAUAACUUUGACAUCAAUAAAAAGAUUGGAGAAGGUGGAUUCGGCCCUGUUUACAAGUGUGUGAUGGAAGAUGGUCAAGAAGUAGCCAUAAAGAGGCUAUCAGAAACAUCCAAACAAGGGCUUGAUGAGUUCAAGAAUGAAGUCAUUUGUAUUGCAAAACUUCAGCACCGGAAUCUUGUGAAGCUUAUAGGAUACUGCAUGCAUGGAAACGAAAUGAUUUUGAUUUAUGAAUACAUGGCUAACAAAAGCUUGGACACAAUUCUGUUUGAUGAAACAAAAAGUUUAAUGCUUGACUGGCCUCGGCGACUUAAUAUCAUACAUGGGAUAGCUAGAGGCAUUCUAUAUUUACAUCAAGAUUCCCGCCUUCAAAUUAUCCACAGAGAUCUCAAGGCAGGCAAUAUUCUGUUGGAUGGCGACAUGAACCCAAAAAUCUCUGACUUUGGUCUUGCUAGAAAGUUUGUAGGAUCUGAUACUGCUGCUAUGACAAGAAAGGUGGUCGGGACAUAUGGAUACAUUUCGCCAGAGUAUGCAGUACACGGGCGAUUCUCUGUAAAGUCGGAUGUAUUUAGCUUUGGUGUUUUGGUGUUGGAGAUAUUGAGUGGUAAGAAAAACAAAGGAUUCUAUCAUAAAGAUCACAAUGACAACCUUCUUGGACAUGCUUGGAGACUCUAUAAAGAAGGCAGGACCAAUGAGUUCAUGGAUGCAUCUUUACAUGGCUCGGCUCAUGCAAUGUCUCUGAAGUGUUAA